AUGGAGGCGACGACAGCUACUUUUUCGGCGCCCCUUGAGCGCUCUGUAUCACAACAAUCUGCCACUUCAAUAAGGAGCCAUCGAUCAACCACCCGCGGCCGAAAGAAGCUGACAUCACAACCGUCGAGCUCGGCAUCCUCCAUUGCCCCCUCCGACAAGUCACUGACCUCGUUCCCCUCCUUCUCUCCCGACUCGCCCCGCGAAGAGCGAACAAGCUUCUUCCGCAGCGACAAUGACAUGACGCCGGUGAUCUCAUCGCGAAAAACAUCUGGGCUGAGCCUGGCCACCUCGAACCAGGAAGAGGAACAGGGACCGAGAGAAGAACAAGGGCAGGAGCAGCAGGAGCGGCAGGAGCAGCAGGAGCAAAACAACAAUAAACAGGACCACUUACAGCCCUCUACGACCGUCGAUCAUCUCACAACCACAGCAGUAUCGCCUGCGCGCGGUGCUCUGUUUGAGGAUGCCCCGCUAGCUUCGCGCAAAAUCCCUGGCGCUCUGCACCUCGCCGAUGACGAACAUAUCGAGCGACUGAUUGCCCGCCACGGCGCGGUCAACCUCGUACGCCAGAUUGCCGAAGACCUGGCCCAGCGGGAUGUCCAGAUCGUACAGAUGCGCCGUCGGGCAGAGGAACGGGAACGGACCCUGCGCAAGAUCGUCCUGGAAUGCGGUCUGUCCAGCCUGGAUAUGGAGACACGCCUGCGCGCCAUGGAGCAGGAAGCGAGAUCAAAUGGGGUGUCGAGACAAGGGUCGGGAGAAGGGCUUUCGGAUCUUGUGACCGAUGCGAUGACCCAAGACCUUCGGCAUCCCCUCCCAAGUCACAUCUUUGACGACGCCACGAUUCGGCCUAGCUCGGUACCCUUGCCUGCUGGUCCAGGAAAUGAGUCUGCCAGAGGCUCGACACGGGGGUGGAAGGAUUACCUUUGGGGCGGCGGCACGGUCAAAAGGUCCGGGAGGGCCAAUAACACAAUCAGAGAGGCGAGCAAGCAACCACCCGCUGUUGUGAAAGCAACACCGACCGAGCGACGGCCAGCGCUUCAGGAAGACCUGUUCAACCCGCCCGAGGAGGACUCGAUGCGUGGCUCUAGUAGGGCAUCCAGCGUGAACUCUAGCAACGCCUCCCGGAAACCGUCGCUAGCAAGCAUGGCCUUGCGGCUUGUGGCAGGCGGCACGCCAGGGGGGCGCGAUCCCGAGAUCCGUGGUCGCACAAGCAACCCUCAGGAAAGAGACUUGAUGAGGACCCAAUCGAGCUCAAGUAUCAACACGGGUGGUUCAGCCCGCGCCGUAUCAUCGCAGGGCGGCCCCAAGGCUCUGAUGGCGAUGCGUCGACCCCCCGGCCCCAUCCGACCCAUCGAUGUCCCAUCACGAACUCAACCUCCAGAGCGCUGGGACACUAUGGUUUCGACCCCUGGAGGAGAUCCGGUUGCACGGCAGCAGAACUAUGGUCCUCGGGAGGCCGCCCAAAUGGCCGGCCAUGCCAAAAAGAAUAGCCGUGCGGAAAUGAUUCAUGGCCGGCACGGGCUGUCUCCGGUGCUAUUGGAGGACAGCUCCAGCGGGAAGAUGAGCCUCGGGAGCGACGGGCGGCCCGGCACGCCCUGUUCGUCUGAAGAACCUCGCGAGGACGCCAAGCCCAAGAGGUGGCAGGACUAUCUCAAGAUCGCGACCUUCCCCACGGAGCUGCUCUCGCACACGCCCCUGAUUAGCGCUCAGGGCUUUGAGGUGAUGGAAGCCGCCGAGACCCCCAAGUCACCGGGCCAUUCACCCAGCAUGAUGUCGGAAGACCGGGGCUUUCUGCCGUCCGCGACAACCACAGCGGCGAUAACACCAAGCGACACUGAGAUCCAGCCCCGGUCCGAAGGGGAGCAGCCGCCUGCAGCGACACUUGCGAAAGAAGACGCAGAACCAGUUAGGCUGCUCCUCCAAAACCUCAACAACCUACACGACACCCUACAGCGGGAAAAGACGGUCCGAUGGAACGACUUCCUCCGGAAAGUCAGAGCGGAGCGAAAACGAGACGGUGAAGCCGCGGCUGCUGCCGCCGCCGCAGCCGCCGAAGCCCGCUUCGAACGCGCCACGGCCGUCAUGCCCGAAACCCGCCUCGGCGACGGCGAACUGAUCGGCGUCGCCAGCCUCGGCAUCCAAGGCAAGGUCGGCCGCGCCAAAGCCAACGAGUUCCGCUCCCUCGUCCUCGGCGGCAUCCCGGUCGCCUCCCGCUCCAAGAUCUGGUCCGAAUGCUGCGGCGCCAACGCGCUACGCAUCCCAGGCUACUACGCCUCCCUCAUGGCCCGCCCGGAGUCAUCCGACGACGCCCAAGUCGUCGCCCAGAUCAAAGCCGACAUCACCCGCACCCUGACCGACAACAUCUUCUUCCGCAAGGGGCCCGGCGUCCAAAAGCUCCACGACGUCCUGCUCGCCUACUCGCGCCGCAACCCGGACGUCGGCUACUGCCAGGGCAUGAACCUGGUCGUGGCCAACCUGCUGCUCACCAUCCUGCCCCCGCACUACUUCGACCACUCCCUGCUCGCCUCCCGCGCCGACCAGGUCGUCCUGCGCCAGUACGUGAGCGAGGUCCUCCCCAAACUCUCCGCCCACUUCGACGCCCUCGCCAUCGACCUCGAGACCAUGACCUUCCAGUGGUUCCUCUCCCUCUUCACCGACUGCCUGUCGGCCGAGGCGCUGUUCCGCGUCUGGGAUGUCGUGCUGUGCUCGCCGCAGGACGCGGCCGCGUUCCUGUUCCAGGUGGCGUUGGCGCUGCUGAAGCUGAAUGAGGGGAACCUGCUGCGCUGUGAGAGCCCUGCUGAGGUGUAUACGUAUAUCAAUCAUGAGAUGACCAAUCAUGCGAUUAGUAUUGAUGGGCUGGUGCAGGCCAGUGAGGCGCUGAGGCGGUUGGUCAGGAGGGAUGAGGUGGAGGUGAGGAGGAAGGGGGCGGUGGAGGGGGAGAUGGGGGUGGGGAAGGGGAUGGGGUUGGAGGUGAGCGUGACGGUGGAGGAGGAGAGGGCUGCUGGGGAUAGUGCGGCUGGGGAGAGGGCGGCUGGGGAGAGUGUGAGCGAGGCAGGCAGCGCGGGACAGAAGGCGGGGGUGGUUCCCGCUGUGGUGAGCCAGGAGGUGGUUAUGGGCGGGCUGAGUAGGAGUGUUAGUCGCGCGCCUAGCCCGGUUGGGGAGCGUGAGGGUGUUGAGGGCGGUGUUGGUGCUGGUGCUAGCAAUGCUGGCGGCGGUUUCCUGGCUCCGGGCGGAGGGGUGGAGGCGAGUUCAUGAGUGUGAUGAGAGUAUCCACCCCGGAAUUGGGUUCGGAGGGGACCAUCCACUUACAGAGACGGACUUCCCUUUGUUUACACACCGACUGCGGCAGCUCGGGCUUGCUUGAUCUGCAUUCACUCAUUGCAUGGCGGAGCCCUAU